AUGCCUCCCAAAAAAUCUUCAAAGAAAACUGAGGCUUCAGCACAUCCAUUCCGACAUACACGAGUUACCCGUGCUUCCCAGGCUCUUUCACAAGCUAACAACACCCAACCGACACAAUCAGAUACCCCACCGUCACCACAACCUAAAGCUAUUGUUGGAUUAAGACCAAAGCGAGGUCAAAAGCGCUCAUUUCUUGACCAGGAUGAAUUCUCAGAAGCUAGUGGUUCGAUUACGGGUAGGAAAAGGUCAAAGGUUAAUCCGGCCUUAUCCCAAAUCCCAAGUCAAAAACCAAGAGGAAGACCUAAGAGGGCCCUCACGCUUUCUCAAUUCAGUCCUCCCUUACAAAGCUCUAGUAGGAUUCCUAUUGAUAAGAAGGGUAAGGGAAAAUCAAAGCAAGCUCUUUCAAGGUAUUCGAGUGAGGAUCUUAACCCGGCGCCGAAUAGAUCACCGGACAUACAAAUCAAUGUGAUCCCUGAUCUAUCAUCCGACGAAUAUCCUGCUCGGCUUGACGCAAUUUCUAAAUCUAGUAAGAAAGCUCAUGAACCCCUUGAAUCUGAGGAUGUAUUGCAUGCAGUCCGAAUGAGAAUAUCAUUACUCCAACCUACAGAAGCUCGAAAGGAGAUCUUUGAACUUACCAAAAAUUCAGAUGCUAAACUUCAUCGGCUUCAUGAUGAACUCGAGACUUUAACUACAUGUAUCAACGAAAUCAAACGAGCCAUAAGUACUAUCAAAUCAGCACAGAAAGAGCUUGCUUGGACCACAGUUUUAGAAGUGAUUGAAACUAUGGAAAACAUGUUGUCCAAUGGAACUCAUCUUCAAUCACCGGCCACUAAUACAACUGAUCAAGAGGUUCAGCUUCCAGUGGAAUGGCGUUUGUGGAAAUCUGAAGCUUUGGUUUACUUGGGUGAAGUACAAACUGCCAAGGAAAUCUUUCCUCGUCAAGCUGAAUCAAUUGAUAAGUAUUAUCGCUACCGAGUCAAAGGACUGAUUGAGUUUGCUGAACACUCUUACCAAGAAGCCCUGAUCUCUUUUGACCAAGCGGCAAACCGACUAAGUCUCUCUCACUCAAAGGAGAUGGACAGACGCGAUGGAGAGGUGUUAUAUCUCAUGGAGCGCGCAAAAGAACUUCAACGUAGGAAAAAUAAGCUUUUGACUGUCCUUCGCAAACGAUCUGAGCCAAAAGAAACUUAUAAGGCUCUAAAAUGGAUACCUAGGAUUAUGGCUGACUCGGAUGAGUCCCUUGAAAGUCCAUUUCGAUUGAUAUUACGUGAAAUUCAAUGCGAUUUGUCUACCUUACAUGAAACAUUUGAAGAUGAUGGUCUAUCUGAUCUCAGAGCUUACAUUCAAGAACAAAAAAUCGAAAUGGGCGGGUUCAGAUUUGAUCGAAGAAACAAUCUUCCAAUCUCUCAUCGAUCACACAUCUUAUCCAUAUACUUUUAUCUUGCACGUGCUGAAUCUUAUGGUGAUGAUUUUAUCAUGAGUAAACAUCAUUUUGAUAUGCUUGAUAGAUUAGAAAAAGAAGGAUGGGGACCUUUAGGAAUUAUGGGAGCUGAUAGAUUUGAUCCAAAAAUAAAUGAUCCGGAUCCUGCAAGUCGACUUCCUACUCCAGAACUCCAGGAGACUUCCUUUGAAUCUGAGGGCCCACCACCUGCCCAAAAAAUAAAGACAUUCAAAGAUUAUAAGGGCUACUAUGCGACUUUAAACCUUACAUCAGGGGCAGAAUACGAUGAGAUCAAGAGAUCUUAUAAAAAACUUUCGAAAUCGGAAUCGUCUAACGCAAAGAUCCUGUCAGACGAGCUCAAUAUGAUGAAAAGUGUUGGAAUUCCAACUAGACAAACUCAUUUAGCAAAACUUGCAUGUGACCUGGUAAAAUGGGAUUGA